UCAACAACAACAACACGACCUUCAUUUCUGCAACACAGGCGCUGCUGACUCGCUGCCCUCCAUCUGCACCAACAUGAGUCCAAAGAAUGUCGUUUUCAAAAAGAUCUGCAAAGACAAGUCGGUUGGAGUCUACAUGGGGAAAAGAGACUUUGUCGACCGUGUCGACUCUGUGGAUCCAGUGGAUGGCGUCAUCCUCAUUGAUCCUGAGGCUCUGCAGGGGAGGAAAGUGUUCGUCACCCUGUCUUGCACCUUUCGCUACGGCAGAGAUGACAUGGACGUGAUGGGAAUCGCCUUCCGCAGGGAGCUGUACCUGUCAACCCGCCAGGUGUACCCGCCUCUGCAGGACCGCGAGAAAGGAAUCCACACCAAGACACAGGCCCGGCUGCUGCGCAAGCUGGGAGACAACGCCCACCCGUUCUUCUUUGAGUUUCCUGACAACCUGCCUUGCUCAGUGGCUCUCCAGCCAGCGCCCCAUGACGUCGGCAAGCAAUGUGCCGUGGAGUUUGAGAUCAAAGCGUUCAGCGCUGAGAGCCAGGACGCUAAAGUACGGAAACGGAGCUCAGUGAAGCUGAUGCUCAGGAAGGUCCAGUACGCCCCAGAGGGCGAGGGAGUGGCGCCCUCCAUUGAAACCACCAGGGACUUUGUCAUGUCAGACAAACCACUGCAUGUCAAGGCCAGUCUGGACAAAGAGCUUUACUACCAUGGCGAGCCCAUCAAGGUGCACGUCAACGUCACCAACAGCUCCAGCAAAAACAUCAAGAACAUCAUCGUCUCUGUGGAUCAGGUCUCCACAGUGGUCUUGUACUCCAAUGACAUCUACGUCAAAUCUGUGGCCAUCGAGGAGUAUGGGGAUUCAGUGUCUGCGGGAGGGACGCUGGAGAAAGUCUACACGCUGCUGCCUCUGCUGGCCAACAACAGGGAGAGGAGGGGCAUCGCUCUGGACGGCAAACUGAAGCACGAAGACACCAACCUGGCGUCAUCGAGCAUCAUCAAGGAGGGUGUGCUGAAGGAGGUCAUGGGCAUGAUGGUUUCAUACAGAGUCAUGGUGAAGCUCAUCGUUGGAGGGAUGAUGGGAUCAAGUGAGGUCGGCCUGGAAGUUCCCUUUAAACUGAUGCAUCCUAAACCUGACGCAGUGAAGGAGAGUGAGUUGGAGGAGGAGAUGGUGUUUCAGGAGUUCAAGCGCUCCUACCUGAAGGGGAUAGUCGGCGAUGACGAGGACGAAGAGGGAAACGUGUCGGGUGGUGACGACAUGGCGCCCAAAGAGAAGUAGAGGAAAGAGUCGUCCAGGGUUACGACGGCUGAAACAAAGACAGCUGGGAGUUUGAGUCGCCUCAGAGUUUGUGAUAGAAAAAGAUGAGAUUUAGUUAAAGGACCAUGUCUGUAGUUCUGCAUGUUUCAGCACCUCACCUCGAUGUGUUUCACACCACUGUCUCUCACUGACGCACUGACUGUGAAAAACUACAAGUCAACAGGCGAGAAACUCAGUGAUGAAAUGAUCAGCUUCCUCGAAAACUCCACCAUUGGCUUUUUCCGUUGUGACUGUGACGAAAAGUGCUUUUAGUAGAUUUUGACAUCACAGAGCUGAACACAAGACUUGACAAGCAACUCCCUACAGUUUUACAUUGCAUGGCUGUCUACUUGCAGUGUCUCUAAUUCUGUCAGAUUCUCUGCAAACAAACACAUGACACAAAUAUUUAAUUACAACGUGCCUUUUGAAGAGCGAUCUGAAAUGUUAAGGUUGUUCUUUUUAAGGUAUGCUUGGAAUAAGGGACAACGGUGUUCAUGGCGCCUGUAAACAGAUGUGAGGAGUAUGUGAGACGGAUUUCCUCUUUUAAAACACUGAUGUCUGUGAAUGUUCUCAUUCGUCCAGGUCAUCGUUAUCUCUCUCUCAGAUUAAAUCCAAGGCAACUGGACUUGUAUUUGUCACUGAUGUGAUGUCAGUGGGAGGCAGAGGUAAAAAAAAAUAUGAGAAUUAUAACUUUCUCUUACCUCACAUUUUCCUGCAAACAUGCGAAACCACAGAUAUGGUCCGAAGUAUCCUUUUAACGUAAUUUGAAAAGAAAAUGUUCAGUGCUUUUGUACUUUUAGUAACGUACAUAGUAUCUGACUCAUGUCCGGAUCUGAAGUAACUUGAGACAUCAUCAGUCCAUUCAUCACCUGUUCUUUUCCUACGAUCGGACAAUGAUGGACGGCAGGAGACGGCAAAGAAGCUGGAGUGUCAUAAUAUUUGAGCUGGGAUCAUGAAUUUUAAAUGUUUAAAAAAUGUGAUGAUUAUUAAAAAACAUUCAACUUUACUCUCAGAAAGGACAAAAUCACAAGCUCCUUAUAAAUAAUGAGAAUUAGAUCACAUGAGCGUGGAAACCAGCCGACACAGAUGCCAGACGUCGCCGUCGUCGUCAACGCACUGGCUGAGUUUCUUCUCUGCUCAGCUCUGGGGGAAACAGUCAGACUAAUGUGACUCGUCAGUUGUUGCAAUCAGCUGAUGAGUUCAGAUUUACCGUAGAAACAUUUGUAUAGAAGGCUGCGUUUUAUUUGGCUUUUAAAGGAGAUGUGAAGCUCUGUGCGACUGUGCAGUUUGAACACCUGUGACAAUAAAAGCUGUUUGAUCCAUUCUUGCA